CCUUUGAAAUGUGGUGCUAUCGCCGCAUGCUCAGGAUUUCAUACACUUACCAUGUCACAAACAACACCGUGAUCCAGAGAAUGCAAAAGGAACUAGAAAUUGUACAUAGUGUGAAAGUGAGAAAAAUGGCAUACCUUGGGCAUGUGAUGCGUAAUGAUAAAUACCAACUUAUCCAACUAAUACUGCAGGGCAAAAUAGAUAGCAGAAGAGAUCUGGGACGCCGACGAACAUCAUGGCUGAAAAAUAUUAGACAGUGGACGGGAAUGACGACCGUACAUUUAUUCAGGGCGGCUGUCAAUAGGAUUUUAUGGACUAACAUGAUUGCCAACAUCCAUAGAGGAUAGGCACUGAAAGAAGAAGAAUUUCAGUUAUAAAUAAGAAAGAUUCGUACAUAAUAAUUACUAUGGAGUUUUUGCAAUUUGCGGACUAUAGUCAAAAACCGGAAAAUUCUGGUUUUAUAAUUAAGCCCGUUAGCAACCAAAACAACAAUAAAAGGAGAAAAAACACUAUGUACGGACAAGACUUCUCAGCGCCUCUCAAACAACGAAGUCAAGCAAAUGCCAGGGAAAGAGAUAGAACACACAGUCAUUACUGUUUCAGUGUCAAUACAGCUUUUACAACCUUAAGGACCCUUAUACCUACAGAACCAAAAGAUAGAAAAUUAAGUAAAAUAGAAACAUUACGACUAGCUUCGAGUUAUAUAUCUCAUCUGGGAACUCAAUUAAUGGCUGGUCCAAUUGAUCAACCUUGUUUAAGAUUAAUAAAAAUAUCUGAAGAGGAUAAUCCAAUAAAUCCCAAUAACAGACAAGUUUGUACCUUUUGUAUAUCGCAUAAAAAGUUACCUAAGAUUCUACCCCAGGAAAACUAUCCAUGUCAAAAUUUCGACUGUCAACAAAUAUUGAUGGAAGCUCCCACAGAAUCAGUAUCUCCAAUUUUAAUGUCAAGUGAUAUGACGCCCCUUUAUCAUCAACAAUCGCAAACGUUGAUUAAUACAAUAUCUUUAAACGAAUCAACUAAUAGCCAUAAUGUGUAGUAAUAUUAUAAGAAUGCCUUUUAAAUUGUUCAAUAAUCAGUUACAGCCAACUGUAGAAAUUCAUAAUUUUGUUAAUGUAAAGAUAGUGUUUUUAUCUAUUUAUUGUUAAGUUAUCAAAUCCAACAAUAGGUAGCUAUAUAUUUUAUUAAAAGCCUCGCAAAUUAGUCUGGAAUUUCAAGACCUAUAUUGAAUUUACGCAGGCGAUUAAGUCAGCACAUAUUUUUAGGUUUUAAAUGACUUUUAAUUUAUGUGAUCCAAACAAAAUAAUUUUUAAGAAACUAAUUGUUCCAGUUGCGGCGGCUUAUGAUUAUAAAAUUUAAAUCUAAUCAAAUAAUUAUUGUUAUGUUUGAGACUUUUUAGUUGUCGUCAAGAGUAAUGUACUUAAUUGCUUUUAUAGUUUUUUAAUUGAAACUUAUAAUUAAUGUGACAUUACGAGGUCAAGUUUAAUUGUUUUUGUGUGUAUCUUAAAAUGAAUCAUAGAGAUGGGAGUGUAAUAUUUUAAUAUUUUAGAGCUAUGCAGUAAACUAUUAGGUUUAGUAUCGAUAAUAUUAAGUUAAAACAUGAGUAUUUAUACAGGGUGUUCCAAAAAACAAGGGUCAUCUCUCGUGGGUAGAUUCCUCACGCAAAAAUAAGAUUUAUUUUUACAUAUCAACAUAGGUCCGAUUCUGCUUCGUUUUGUAGCUACAGAGUGUUAAAGUCUUAAUAAUCUUUCGAUUUAUUAUAAUUUUCUUUCAAGUACUUUUAGUGAUUCGAAUAAAAUUUUGAGAGUAAAAGUUACUAUAAGUGCUACAUAUUUUAAUGCUAAAAAAGUGUUGAUAAAUUUAUUAGGGACGUUCUGAUGUGUCACUGGAAUAUUAAAAAAAAAACAUGUGCGCCACUGACUUUUCUUUGGAUGUGAAAAUUGUGUAGGUCGUUUAAUGUCAAUUAAAAGUUAUCUCUUGAUAUUUUGUUGAAUUCGGCCUCCUUGAUAAUAUAA